AUGAAGGGAGGAAUUGUUGUUCUGGGACUCUUGCUCAUUUGUCUGGCCACAGGUAACAAACAUUAAAAAUUAUUCUGAGCAACAAAAGUUUUAUUUGAAAUUGGUUGUUUAAAUUAUACAUUAACUAGGGAUAAAUUAUACUGUGCAUGCAAAAGAAUAAAAAGUUCACUCACAACUGAAGUCUGCAUAACUUUCAUAUUUUACAACAUUUUGUCAAAUUAGACUUCGUUUUUAAAGUGCUUAAAAACAUCUUUAAAAAAAAAAAACAGCUUUGAAAUGUAUAUAUUGUCAGCAUAACAACAACGUUUCAUGGCUGUAUCAUGUGAUCAGCUCAUGUCAUUGAAUAUUGCUGCAGUUUUAAAGAUAAGAAGCAAAUUGUUUAUGGGCUGCAUUUAAAGUUUUCACUUUCUUCACAGAUGCCAGCGGGAAGCCGCUCCCAAGAAGGGUGGGAUAUUAAGACAAAAAUAUAUAUAUUGAAAAAAUAUUUGAUACACAUUUGUGAAUGGUGUUUUUUAAAAGUGUAAAUCUUUAGGUCAUAUUUGUGUUAUUUUGUGUCCACACAGCCCUCCUGUCCUGACACUCAGGAGGCCUUUAUGUGUACCAUGGUCUAUAACCCUGUGUGUGGCAGCGACGGGAACACAUAUGGCAACGAGUGCAGCCUGUGUUCCUUCAUGCAGUAAGUUCUAACAAUUCCUCCAUCCAGCAGCACUCCCCUAACAAAUUACAUCAAAAUCACGCAGUUUAACAUUGAGGUAAAAUCUGCCACUGCCGCCCUCUAGUGGUGGGUACAUUCAUAAAGUACAGCCUUAAUGUUGAACUUUACCCAGCACCAAAUGACUAGCAGUUGUUUUGAGUGUUCUCUGUUUUUGUCGCUUGGUCUUUUUGGUGAAUAAUGAGACGGUCAUUGUCAUUAGUUACAUGGAAGUGACUGCCAUAGCUCUGAAAACACAUCAUAUCACACUUAUACUUUCACAAUCAAAGUGUUUGCAGGAGAUGGGAUCUCCCACAUCAAAUAAAAUUCACAAAAAGAUAAAAAGAGUAAUUCAUAUCCAUCUAUGUGAUCUUUUUCUACCUUCAGACGCACUGGGGAGGACAUUUUGAUCACCAAGGACACUUCAUGCGAACCUCAAUGUUAA